AUGAUCCGUUUCGCCGCGCUCGCGUCGAAUGAUCCCAUCGCACUUCGUGUGAGCUCUUCUUACGCCGCGCGCGCGCGCGAUCCUUUGCUCGCGCGAUGGUUGAGCGAUCUCACGAAGAUUGAAAAAUCAGAAAACUGGGACGCCUUGGAGGUUCUGUGUUCUUUUCCGCACGCCGAUGUCGGCGCCGCGCUCUCCUUGGCCGCGAGGCGCGGUCGUUCGAGGGAACUUGAGCGUGUGGUGAGCAAACGGCGCGAACGGGACGUGGAUUGGGCGGAGAAUCUUGCGCGCGCGGCUAGAGCGGCAGCGAACAGCGGACGAGAGGAGGCACUGGGGGUACUCUUGCGGUACGGCGUCGCCGAGGAUGAUUUAGGGACGUUGGAUAGCGUGUUAUUAGACGCGUGCUGCGCGGACACGAUGGAGAGCGACGCGGGCGCGCGCGCGCGUUGCGUGGAGUUGGUGCUGAAGAGCGGCGCGGACGCCAACUGCCGAGGGACGCGGCAGGGGUGGAAGCCGCUCCACGCGGCGGCGAAACGAAACGACGUGAAUGCGAUCGAAAUGUUAGUCCAAGCAGGGGCGGACAUCGAUGUGCGGUAUCACAACGGGAAGACGCCGAUGUUUGUCGCGUGUGAAUGGGGGAGCGCGGAGUCGGCGCGGACUCUAUUAAAGUUCGGCGCGUCCCUGUCGCUUGGCGCCGUGUUGUACACCGAUCACUCGCUGGGGGCGGUGAACGAACCUGUCUUACCUCGAGACGUCGCAGUGGGUUUGCACCAUGUCGAGUGCGUGCAGGUCAUCGAUGAAGCGUUGCGUCGAGUAUGA